CUUCCUCUCUUUCCACUGGGGUGCUCCUCAAGAGCCAGCUCCACCCUGAGAAAAGAUGUUUUCUGUGAAGAUCUUUUGCCUGGUCACGAGUGUGGUGGGCACAGUCUGGACCACAGUUAUCAAGGAGGAUGAAUUUAUAGCUGAAGGAGGAGGUGUGCGUGGCCCAAGACUCGUGGAGAGACAGCAAUCUGCCUGCAAGGAGACAGACUGGCCCUUCUGCGCUGAUGAAGACUGGAACUACAGAUGCCCUUCUGGCUGCAGGAUGAAAGGGUUAAUUGAUGAAGUCAAUCAAGAUUUUACAAACAGAAUAAAUAAGCUCAAAAAUUCAUUAUUUGAUUAUCAGAAGAACAAUAAGGACUCUAGUUCAUUGACAGGGAAUAUAAUGGAACUCGUGAGAGGGGAUUUUGCCAGCACUAACAAUAAUGAUAACACAUAUGGCCAAGUGUCAGAAGAUCUGAGAAGCAAAAUUGAGAUCCUGAGGCUCAAAGUCAUAGAACAAGUACAGCAAAUCCGCCUUCUACAGAAAAAUGUCAGGGAUCAGCUGGUAGAUAUGAAACGACUGGAGGUGGACAUUGAUAUUAAGAUCCGAUCUUGCCAAGGUUCAUGCAAUAGGGCUUUAGAACGUAGGACAGAUCUAAAGUACUAUGAAGAUCAGCAGAAGCAACUUGAACAAGUCAUUGCCAAAGACUUACUUCCACCUAAAGAUAGGCAAUACUUACCACGGCUGAAAAUGAGCACAUCUGCAACUACGCUUUCUGGGGACUUCAAGAGCCAGCUUCAGAGGGCCCCUCCAGAGUGGAGGGCACUCAUGGAAAUGCAGCAGAUGAAAAUAACAUUAGAGGGGUCUGGUAGAGAUGGAAAUACCCGAGGAGACACUGCAUCUCAUGGAACAGGAUCAGUGCCUGAAAGCCCCAGGAACCCUGGGAGCUUCACACCAGGAAGUUCUAGCACUUGGAACCCUGGGAGCACUGGGCCUGGGAGCACUGGGCCUGGCAGUGACGGCACUUGGAGCUCUGGGAGCACCGGGCCUGGGAGCACUGGGCCUGGGAGCACUGUGCUUGGCAGUGACGGCACUUGGAACCCUGGGAGCACCGGCACUGGGCCUGGCAGUGAUGGCGCUUGGAGCUCUGGGAGCACCGGGACUGGCAGUACAGGCCUUUGGAGCACUGGAAGUUCUGAGUCUGUCAGCAGCAGCUCUUGGAGCUCUGGGAGCACGGGGACUGGCAGUACUGGGUCUUGGAGCACUGGAGGUUCUGAGUCUGGAAGCUUUAGGCCAGAUAGCUUCGGGCAUGGGAACACCAGGCCUACCAACCCAAAGUGGGGCAAAUUUGAAGAGGUGUCAGGAAGUGUAACUCCAGGGACAAAGAAAGAGUACCACACAGGUAAGCUGGUGACGUCUAAAGGAGAUAAAGAGCUUCUUAUUGGUAAUGAGAAGGUCACCUCUGAAAGCACCACCACCACUCGUCAUUCAUGCACUAAAACAGUUACUAAGACUAUUAUAGGUCCUGACGGUCAGAAAGAAACGACCAGAGAAGUGGUAAACUCCGAAGAUGGUUCUGACUGUGGUGACUUAUCCCAUACUUUUGCUGGUAGCCUAGAUGAUCUCCAUUUUAGGCACCCUGAUCUGGAGAGUUUCUUUAGCAGUUCCUCAACUGGAAGCACAUUUCCUGGUAGGCUUUCACCCUCGCACAGAGAGUUUGACAGUAGGAUCCACGCUGGGGGCUCAGAAUCGGACAUAUCCACACACUUAAGGGUACCUGAGCUCUCUCUCGGUGGUAAAACUUCAAGUCAGAGCAAACAAUUUUCGAGCAGUAGUACAACUUACAACAGAGGAGACUCCACAUACGAAAGCAAGAGCCAUAAAUUGGCAGGUGAGGCCGCAAUUGAAGAGGAACAUGAAACCCUCAAAGGAGGAUAUACCACCAAAAGAGGCCAUGGUAAAUUUCGCUCUGCCAGAGACUGUGAUGAUGUCCUCCAAACACAUCCUUCAGGUACCCAAAGUGGUAUUUUCAAUAUCAAGCUACCGGGAUCCAGUAAGAUUUUUUCUGUUUAUUGUGAUCAAGAGACCAGUUUGGGAGGAUGGCUUUUGAUCCAGCAAAGAAUGGAUGGAUCACUGAAUUUUAACCGGACCUGGCAAGACUACAAGAAAGGUUUCGGCAGCCUGGAUGACAAGGGGGAAGGAGAAUUCUGGCUAGGCAAUGAAUACCUCCACUUACUAACUCUGAGGGGCUCUGUCCUUCGGGUUGAAUUAGAGGACUGGGCUGGAAACCAGGCUCAUGCAGAAUAUUACUUGAGGGUAGGUUCUGAGGCAGAAGGUUAUACCCUGCAGGUCUCUUCCUAUGAGGGCACAGCAGGUGAUGCUCUGAUUGAGGGUUCUGCAGAGGAAGGAACAGAGUAUACUUCUCACGCGGGCAUGCAGUUCAGCACCUAUGACAGGGAUGCAGACCAGUGGGAAGAGAACUGCGCAGAAGUCUAUGGAGGAGGCUGGUGGUACAACAGCUGCCAAGCGGCCAAUCUCAAUGGCGUCUACUAUCCUGGGGGCUCUUAUGAUCCAAGGAACAACAGUCCUUAUGAGAUUGAGAAUGGAGUGGUCUGGGUCCCCUUCAGGGGUGCAGAUUAUUCCCUCAGGACUGUUCGCAUGAAAAUCAGACCCCUGGUGACCUAAUAGGAGUGGAAGGGAGAGUAAUCUGUUUUCUUUGCUUAGUGAAGUGGAGAAAAAAGAUAAGGACGAUAAAGAAAUUAAGAUUCUUUACAAUAUACUAAGAAAUUUACAGGUGUAAUUUUAUUAUUCUUUGUACUGUAUCUAAAUGUAACUGAGACAUUACUGCUUUAAAGAAUAAAGUUAUGUGAGUCUUUUUUUAUCUUGAAA